AUGUCGACCGACACAAAUCUGCCGCCACAUCUUGCCAUGUCUGCUGCUUCUCGAGCUAUGCUGGCCAAGUGCCGCAAGCUAGUCCCUCCCAUGCUAGAGAAGUUUCACAAGGGACAGCUAGGUCGAGUUGCAGUAAUCGGAGGAAGCGCAGACUAUACAGGAGCACCUUACUUUUCGGCUAUGGCCUCAGCAAGAUUGGGCUGCGAUCUAUCCUACGUCUUCUGCGAGCCUUCAGCUGCACCAACCAUCAAGUCCUAUUCACCUAACCUAAUGGUUUCACCCAUUCUCCGCUCGAAAGCUUCAUUGGGCUCAGACAAGGAACCUUCUGCCGAAGAGCUUGCAAAGCCUAUCCUGGAUAUGCUACCUCGUCUACAUGUUCUGGUUAUUGGUCCAGGUCUUGGAAGAGAUGAGGUAACACAACGACAAGUCAAGGCUGUAAUUCAGGCUGCACAAAAACAAGACCCUCCUAUCCCUAUGGUGCUCGAUGCUGAUGCCCUCUGGCUCGUUCAGACCGAUCCUGACCUCAUCAAAGGCUACCCAGAAUGCAUUCUGACUCCUAACGUUGUUGAGUUUGGCCGCUUAGCCAAGUCCUGCGGAAUGGACAACUUGGAUGCAGAUCCCUCUGCGAAUUGCCAAAAGCUCGCAAACAUACUCGGUGGUGUCUGCAUUAUCCAAAAGGGACCUCUAGACUACAUCUCUCAGGGUAAGGACACCACAGUUUCCGAUUUCAAAGGAGGCCUGAAGAGAGCUGGAGGACAAGGCGAUACGCUCACUGGCUCGCUUGGCACUUUUCUCGGCUGGCGACAGGUUUACCACGAGGGACUAUGGGAUGUUGGCGAGGAACCAAUGAGCAGGCCAGAGACAUUACUCGUUGCCGCUUUUGCAGGCAGUGCAAUCACAAGGGAGUGCUCGAGACGCGCGUUUGCCAAGAAAGCUCGAGCAUUACAAGCAAGUGAUCUGACGGAUGAAGUGCAUGAUAGCUUCCUCACUUUGAUUGGUGAGCCUGAGUAUUCGGUCGACAAGAGCAAUUCACACAUAUAG